AUGAACACGCAUUACAGCCAGCCACAAGUCGUUGACGAUUCGUACGUUGAGAAUGGUCUUCAUCCAGUGCCGGAGCCGGACAAGAUCGUGGGCGCGCCGUAUUAUCACCAGUACAACCAAGUACCCGGUAUACCGAGCCAUCCUCAUCAGCCAUCAGCGUCGAAGAGGAGGAUAUGUGGUAUGAGCUUGGCGAUGUUCAUACUCUGGUGCAUACUGGGAUUCCUUCUUGCGCUGCUAGCCAUCGUUGCCGGUGUGUUUGGGAGCAUGCUCGCAAGGCAGAGCUCAGAGAUCCUAGACCUUAAGAACGUGGCGGCGACAAAGACAACCGGCUCAGACACCAACGGCACAGCAACGACAGCAGCGCCCGCCGCGACGACGACGUGGGUGCAGGUGGUGGACUGGGAGUACAUUGGCUGCUACGAGGACACCUCGAACCGCGUAUUCCCGGACAAGUACACGGUCAUUGAGGACCAGACGAACCGGCUCUGCGCGGAGGUGUGUUCUGAUUACGAGUACUUUGGCACCGAGUUCGGGGACCAGUGUUACUGUUCGCGGACGCCGCCGACGACGGUUGCGCCGGCUUGGAACUGCGAUAUGCAUUGCAAUGGCGCGCAGACGUCGGAGAUUUGUGGGGGGUACUUCUUUUUGAGUGCUUGGAAGAAGAAGGUGUGA